GAGGCAAGUGUCUUGAUGUUGGGGGUGUCUUUUGUCUUUCUUAGUUGCAACUCAUGGACUCUUUAAUCCACGUAAGCCCUUGCUGCUUCUCUAAAUCCAUCCAAUCUGUCGCGUGCCUAUGCUUAACAACCCCACUCAACAAACCGGGUCAAUAGAUGCUGCAGUGAAGUUACACAGUUGCUGUCUGUGCAGAGCCAAAUUCCUGCAAUUGUGAACUUUAAUUUAGCUAAAGUUUGGAUUGAGGGGUGAGGUGGAAUAAGACACAUGAGAGCCUGAAGAAGUGAGAAGAUUUGAGCAUUUUCACAGAGGAAAUGGAGAGCGACUGGAGCCGUUAUUUUCAUGAUCAGCCAUCACCGCCUUUGGACUAUGACACGAACCAUCAUCAUCUUCUCCGCAAUGAGUUGAACAGCAACUCUGCGAGGCCGGAGGACGACUCGGAUCCACUCUGCAGCAUCUGGGCGUACGCUGAGCAAGCACAGGCCAAGAGCUGUAACAGUCGGUCUUUUGCCAUGGAUGCUAGAAUAAGACUAGAUAGUUUGAAGUCAGGGUGUAAUUCACCCGUGACACCCCGCGCCAGGGACGGGAAGUUGUUCAACUACAACAGUCAAGACGACUCCUGGGACAGUGAGGAGUCGGAGGAGGAAGAGUCAGCUUUGGACUUGGUGGAGCUCCUUGACAUGGAGGACGACAUGAGGGAUGAGGAGAACUGGUUGUACGAGUCUCCGAAGAAGCAGCAGAUCGUGGAGAGAACCGAGUCGGCUCUCGGAUGGUGUCGACACGUCCUGGAUAACCCCAGUCCUGAAACUGAGGCGGCGUGUCGCUCGCUGAUCAAUAAGCUGGAUCAAAGAUCCAGCAGCCACUUCUACAGACGUGCUGCAGUUUUCCAUCGUGCUGGCGAUGUGGCUGUGGGUUCGUCUGUGGACAAAACAUCUGUCAGAACGACACACAAGGUCUCUGACAGUGCAGACAACUAUGAGCAGAGCACCAACGACUCUGCCACAACCUACAGGCUGCAGGACAUCACAGACGUCCACAUUCUGGCUCGUUUGCAGGAAGCCAGUUUAAGGCAGGACUACUUCUCCACACCCACCGCCGCUCCACCUUCACGGAGAGGCCCUGAGGCGAGACUGAUGCUGCCAUCUCACUUCAACACCGCUGUUGAAAAUACCGAUGACUUCACUCCAGGAAAUCAAACUGAGGCAUCCUCUUCCUCUUGCUGGCAGCCCAGCCUGUCGUCACUGACCUCUUCCUCUUGUCAGUCGCUGACAUCAGAAGCUAAUCAUGGCUUCCAGAUUCCAAAGCUGGCCAGACUUCACCAGCAAGUCACCCAGUUCAAGCUGCUUAAGCUCGCUCAGAACCAAGCGACGUCACCGGGCAGGACCAGGUCGCCCCUGCGGACCAGCCUCCGCUCCCUGCAGGCUGUCAGGAACAGCAGAAGUUUGGAGACAGACGAGUGCCAACCCGCCGACUCACAAAUCACUCAACAGGCAUCAGGUGCGUCAUCUGUCAGAAAGGGGUCAGGGUGCUGGUCUCCGUUACUUUCAAUGAGAGACUCCUCAGACCGGAUGUCCGCCGUGAAGAGGAUGCAGAGGUCUCAGUCUGCCAGCCCCUGCAGGAUCCCUCACCCUGCUAAAGGAUACUUGUCUGUCCAUGGACGUGUUUUUGCCUCACCUGACAGGUCGACCACCGUCGCUUGGGGCAGAAAUGUGUCGUCCACGCGACGGUGAAAGGUGUCACCUGGUGUGAGUCCCUGACAGAACUAGAUGAGAUAGGGUAGAUUUGAAAAUAUGUCACAUGUUGAAUUAACUUACUUGUACGGGUGCCUGUGUAAAAAUUUUAAUAAUUUUAGACUGUGAGGAUAUUAAAGUCUGUAUCAGAAUCCCUUAUAGCGCAGUAUGUGGCUCUGGGUAGGGAUCAUGUUUCAUCAGUUUCCAUCUCGUUGGCUGUGAUCUGAGUCAUAUUUGUUUGCAGCAGACUGAAAAUGAAGGUGGCAGUAUGUGAGGCAGGCACUGUUGUAGGAAGCACCUACAGAAACAUCCUGUAGGGCUGGAUUUGAUAUUGCUGUGACUUCCUGUGCUGUGAAAUCAAACAGUGAAAACUCUCAGACGACUGUAAUUCGUAAGAACGUAGACGUGUCAGGGGAUCUUAGCCUGCUGUCUGGAUGAAAUCACCCAUCUGAGAUGCCCUUAAAAUCAUGAAAGGGAAGAAUCAGCAGCAACCAGUUUGUGCAUGAGCUCAGCUACUUCUGAACACUGAACAUGAUAUGCUUGGGUAGAGGUACUGACACGAUGUGAGGCAACUAAACGUUCUUCAUCACAGGUCAAAAAGUGAUUCAUGUAGAUUUUAGUUCAACUUUGGUGCAGCUCAUUUUGCAGAAAGGGCUGUUUUUCUGCAGAGCUGUUGCAACAGGAAGAGUGCAGGUGACCCUGGCACAAUACGAUGUGUGCUUGUUACAAGAAACAGAGGUGUGGUUUUAGUGCGGUUUCUCUCUUAAACGUCAGGUCUCUGCUGCUGAGUGCAUUUUGCAGAUGUUUUUGUGUUGACGACAUGAUGUAAUCUAACUGUCCCAAAUGCACUGAGGUUUCAAAUGGUGUCCUCUUUUUAUUCAGAGCAACCUGAAUACUCGUCAAAUAGGUGAGGAUUUAAAGGGAACACUUUUAGAUGUUUGCAUGAAGCUCAGGUCUAACAGAUGCUGUAACUCUUCUCAUUAAGGCACAUUUCUCUUAUCGUGUUGCAGCGUGUCACCUGAUGUUCAGUGCUGAGGUUUGUCUUUGAUUCGUAGCAGAUUUAUCAAAAGUCAGCAACAAAUUCACUGUGCAAAUGUUUACACGGUGAAUUGGUCGGUUGGUUCUAAGGUUGGGUGCAACACCAUGUCAUGAGUCCUGAAUACCUUUGGAAGAGACAUUUAAUAGUUUGUAUACUGGAGGUUCAGUUUGGAGAUCGAAAACUAUUCUACAUAAAGCAUCAUUACGUAUAACUGAGGACAGCACUAGUGAAGAAAUAAACAUAUAUGUCCUCACAGUCUUACAGUUUAGUCUUUAAUAAUACUGUUUAUACCCUAUGAUUAUAAACUGUAUUCGUUGUAAGUGAUCAGCACAUCAGUUCCAGCUGUUUGAACAACCUUCAUGAUGGCCCCGUCACAUUCAAGUGUCCACUAUUACUGUUAUUGAAUUAUUUGUUUAUCCUUUUUUUCUAUUUAUACCUUUGUCACUAUAUUUGGGUUUCUAUCCAUUUCCUGUUAUUUUCUACAUUAUUGGUAAAAAAAAAAAUAUUUGAGAUUGUCAUAUGAGUCUUAAGUCCAUGUCAGAGCCAACAUGCCCAACACUACUGCUCUAAAAUAGUAAUAGUUAAUUUAAACAAAAUGCUGCCUAUAACAACAUGACUUACACCUGUGCUGUUUGUGGUGACAUUUCAAAAUGGCUGACAUGAUUUUCCUCCAUUGAAAACAAACAGGUAAACAAACCCAGUUAUAUUUCACUGUUUGUUUUGUUCGCCGAGUUGUUGCGUGUCUUCUGAUUUGUGACCUGAAAUAAACUGAGCUCGUCACCAGUGGCGUUUUUUUCAUCGCU